UCGUCGUUAUUUAAAGUUACGGAGCAUACAGCUUGCGAUUCAUUUCAUUUCAUAAAGAAAGUGUGGAGACUGGCGUGUUCCGCUGUUCUUGAAAUCGAACUUGAGGGGAAUUAAGAACAAAAGCUGGAAUUAUGAAGUUCUUCGAACGAGUACAUUCUCUCUGUAGGCGCGCGAUAAUGAUCGAUACCUGUGUAAUACCUGUCAAGCAGCUUGUGGCACCUGUUUCAAUUAACCAGAUGUUAUGUAACGAUGUUGUAGGGUUUUGUUUCCGAGCGCGUUUGUUUAACCGCAGUAAAUAAUUUAUAUUUAUGUAGUAAAAUGGCCGAUCCUACAAUUCAGACGCUAUGUUGCCACCAACAGAAUUCGACUGACAGAUCAGUGGCUAUUAUGUAUGAAUUUAAUACCAAUACGUACAAUUCAGUCUGUUUAUUUUCUUCCUUAAUUGGCAUCUUUGGAGCAAUAUAUCAGAUGAUACCUCGCAAAGAAACAAGUCUUAACCACAGAUGGUACUCAGUUUCUGCAACUCGAGGCAGACAGAUUGUGGUUUGGUUAGCAGUGGCUGAUUUCCUUGCAUCAUUAGGUGUCUUUGUACGAUCGGCAUUGUGGAUAAAUGACAGAAGCUGGCUGCAGCCUCCUGAUACCUCACAAAAUGUUCUUGCUUGUGCGGUUAUUUCAGCAUGGAUACAAUACUUUUACACAGCUACCUGGAUUUGGACCCUUUGCUAUGCUGUGGAUGUUCGUCUUGUCCUGAAAGAGCGUGAAGGGUAUCCUGUGUGGUACCAUACUGCUUCUUGGCUAAUACCUGGAGCGCUCACAUCAGUUGGGCUCUCCAUAUUAUACAGUCCUGAUAUAAAAUGUCAUCAUUUGGGAUCCCUUACAGCAACAAUAUUGCGAAUACUGCCAAAUUAUAUAGCAACAUAUGCACCAAUGGCAGUUGUUAUGAUAGCUAAUCCUAUUCUCUAUGUUAGCACAACAAGAGAUGUUGAAAAUGUGAUAGCACGCAGCUUGAGCCAAUUUACAAGCAAAGAACGUAGCUUGGUUGAUGCAAUAAAACUUAAGUAUUGCUUCAUUAUUCUUGCAUUUUAUCUUUGUUGGCUACCCAACAUUGUGAAUGGUGUUCUUCUUUGGACACUUUGGUUUAAUCUUCCAGAAACAGUCAUUGUUGUUAUCUGGUACACUAUGGCUGUUGCAAAUCCACUCCAAGCAUUAUUCAACAGUCUCGUCUAUCGGCGUUGGUCUUCAGGUGGAGCCAGAGAACAACUGCAGAUGCCAUGGUCCCAGCCAUUACCUACCUAUACACCAUCUCCACCAAACUUAAGCCCGAGCGCAUCAUGGAAUGGUCUGGCUGGUCCAGCUGAAGUGACACCCCUGUUACUUAGCCAGGAAUAUCUCACGAAUCGCAGUGUCAAUGGAAAUUCCAUCAGCAGUACUGCCAGUUACAGUGCCAGUAGUACAUGAAGCUGAUUUAGUGAAGAAAAUUGUGCUUAAAUAUUUUCGCUUUAUGGGUCUUGUACCAAACCGUAACAAAAGCAACAUUUAGAAUUGCUGCUUCAUUACAUAGACAUAGACUUAUGUGAUGGUACAUUCAGGUGAGAAGAGUGCAAUUCGUGCUGCAUUUUUAUCUCAGAUUUUUGCAUGGCAAUCAAAGUUAGGAAAUGAAAGAAUCUCAUAGCUCCUUGUAAGCUACACUAAUACUCGUGAUAUUUAUAUGGUACAACUUUUACAACAUUUUAAUUGAAAUGUUUUAGAGGUAUUUUACUGGAAAAUUUGGUACUAUUUUUACAUAAUGUAUAUAACCUAAUAUACUUUUAAACAGAAAAGCAAUGUUAGAUGCCAUUAAUCUUCUGUAUGACUCCAACACCAAGUGACAUCUUACAGCUUUCAGAACAUACCUGGUCAAUGUUUUCCGUAAAGAUUUGUGUCAUAUGGUGUUCAACCAGCUGAAACAAUUUAUUAUACUGCUGUAUCAGUACUUUGGUGUGUGUGUGUGUGUGUGUGUGUGUGUGUGUGUGUGUGUGUGUGUUUGUUUGUUUGUUUGUUUUUAUGUGUU